AUGACUAUGCCAGCCUCGAUCCCUAAUUCUUUCUACCCCGUCGCUCCAAGCAACGAAGGGAGCGACACAGAAUCCAGUCACCGCACGCAAGGCACUCAAUCAAGGCAAGGUUCACGCGGUACUGGGAAGCUAACUGGCGCUUGUGUUCAUUGUAAAUCCUUGAAGGUUCGGUGCGAGUUUAGCCCCGGGGACAGUGCGUGCCAACGGUGCCAGGCGGGGAACUAUCAAUGCAUGGCACGGACGCGCAAGAAGCGCAAGCCUGCUCCAACGCACGAAGAUCUUCAAGAGCGUUCUCUAAACCAGGACCUGCAAAUCAAGUCCUUACUGCUGGAAUUCGACAAGAUCAAAACCGAAACCAAGAUACGCGAAUGGAUGGCGAAAGCCCACUCUGACACAUCAUCGGAGGCUUCUGAUCCCAACCAGUGGAGAGUAUAUGAGCACGCUGGCAUCGAGCACCCCCGGUACAUGAGCCACAAUGUGUCCGCAGUAGAUAUGGCUAUUACGACGUUCUUCCCUCAAGGAGGAGGAUUGCACGCGCUAUCUCCUCCAAAUAUAGUGAAACACUGCGGACUUUAUCCGCCAGAGAUAGUCGAGUUAUUUCGCAUUUUCUUCGACCGAAUCAAUCCCUUUUUCUCCAUCCUUGACCCUGAUUUGCAUACCCCGGAACGACUAAUAUGGACGUCUCCGUUCCUAUUCACAGUCGUUUGCGCCACCGCGUCCCGGUACUACACGGAACGACCGAAUCUAUAUCAUCUUGCGAAGGACUUUGCGCGAGAUGCUGCGGGGAAGGCAUUGAUCGACGCUUCUAAGAGCGUCGAUGUCUGCCAGGCCUAUCUGCUACUCGCGGUGUACCCAGUUCCGAAGAAGAGGUGGACAGAAGACAGAAGCUGGCUCCUCAUGGGAGUGGCAAUAAGGAUGGCACUGGAACUGCAACUAAAUCAGCCUCCGCCUCCUCAUCUUGACGAUAGGGAGGCCCUGAACCGGACCCGGACCUGGUUAAAUUGCUUUUGCGUCGAUGGAUCUCAUGCUAUUCAGUUUGGGAAGCAACCCAUGCUGCGCUUGGAUGAUUACACUGCCAAGCAUUCCGAAGACUGGUACAAGACAUCGUCCAUAAACAUUGAUUUCGAUAUCCAUCUAUGCGGCUACGUCGAGCUCAUCAUCCUCAUGGCGGAAUGGCGGAAUGAAAUCGCAGAGGAGGACUUAAGGUUGAAACGUGGGGAGAGCUUCGACCCAGUCUCCAUUUGUGUAAAAUUCGAUGGCCGUUUGUCAGCUGGGAUGAAUAAAUGGAUACGAAGAUAUGCUCAAGACUCUGCUGCCACAUCUAUUUGCAUCUAUCGCGGAACAACCACGCAAAUGAUCGCUGCGUACCUCCGCUUGGUUGUUUUAUCCCUGGCUUUUCAGCAACAACUCAAACGAGGCCUGAACCGUGACUCAUAUGUGGUCCAGAAGUCGAUCGAUGCAGCACGAAGUGUGAUACGCAUAAUGAUUGAUAAGCUCUACCCGACAGGAACUCUGCGCUAUGCCAUGGAGGCGCAUUUCCUAUAUGUUUCUUUCGCAGCCGCAUUCCUGCUCAACUUUCUGAGACCAAAGCUUCUUCCCCUGCUCGAUGAGGGCCAAUACCAAGGCAUAGUGUCCCUUGUAGGGCAAUUGAUCGACGUUCUGGGCUCGAAAGAGGUGGCCUUGGACGGGCGACACACUCCAGCACUGUACUCCCGGUUUCUGUCUUCGCUACUUGCGAAGCAUAGGCCAAAGAAGUCGGAGGCUACCGACACUAUCAUGAAUGAUGACCUAAAGAUAUAUCCACAGUAUCCCGCUGACCGGCAACAAACCCCUCCCAACCAGUUCAGUUGGCCCGAUACCACUGAAUAUAGGGGAGAUGUUUCGCCCCCUUCUCAGUCCGACCUACCGGAUGGUACCGUCUUUCAACAAUCUGGCGAAGCUACUAUGGAUUUCAGCCUCACAUACUUCAUGCGAAGUGUCUCCCAAGACCAACCAGCCGUUGGUUUUGACCCAAACACGCGCCCCGUGGUAGCGCCCAUGCCGGUACAGUGGGAAACCUACGCGCAAGAAUUAAGCAACCUGUACAAUGAAAAUGCCUCAGCACAGACUGCAUACCACAGUCUCUUUGCGUCUGGCCGCACACUUUCAAAGCUCAGGGAUGAUGCUUUAGGGGAUAGGUUACUCAGUCAUCUAGACAAAGAUUUCUGUCGCGCCGGGAGGAGUCUUGCUUGGAAGCUCUUCUUCUUAGAGGCUUACGGUGGCCCACUGCCAGUGGUGGCCUCUGGGGUAUCCCCCGUAUACAUGCGGGAUUCGCUGCACGCUUCUCGGAAGAAAUUCGUCGAUUCACUCUUGAAAUUCAUGAAAGCACCAGAUGGCAGUUAUGAAGCUGGGCUUCAAGUGCCGGGGCUUCCUGUUUUCCAACAAAGCAAAAGCGUCGGCGAUUUGGAUUUGAAUAACCCCCUUAGUCUGCACAAUGACAAUCCAUGGACGGAGUGGUUUGCGUCAGUUGAGUUAAGGAAGACGAUCCGGCAAGAUGUUGAGAGAACUUUUCCCGAAAUGGACUACUUUCGCGACAGCGACGUUCAAGCCCAACUUACCAAUAUUUUGUUUCUGUAUGCCUCUGCGAAUCCGUCGAUAGGAUAUCGUCAAGGGAUGCAUGAACUUUUGGCACCACUGUAUCACGCUGUGGAAUUUGACUCUGGACCAUUUCAAGGACAGACACAGCCUUUCGACGACGCUGAGCUUUUGGGCGACAUCUGUGAUCGGUCCUGGGUAGCAGCAGAUGCAUGGACACUUUUCAUCUCCUUAAUGAAAGGCGCUUCUCGAUGGUAUGAAUGGCGGGAAGCCCCUCCACAAGCAGUCGUAGGACAAGCGUCACCUUUGUCUACACACGUCAAUAUCAAUAUUGCAAACGGUCCAGCUGCUCCGGAUUACGUUGCGCCUAUCGUCAAGGCCUGUAACAACCUCCAGUCAAACUUGUUAAGGAAUGUAGACCCAGUACUAUUCAAGCACAUGCAGUCUGCAGGGAUCGAGCCUCAGAUCUACGGCAUACGCUGGCUUCGGUUGCUCUUUACGAGGGAGUUUCCACUUCGGGAUUCGAUGCUACUUUGGGACGGCUUGUUCGCCGUUGACCCAACAUUGGACCUCGCACAGUGGAUAUGUGUCGCCAUGCUAGUUCGGAUAAGAGCUCACUUGCUUCAGUCAGACUAUAGCGGCCAGCUGACCGUGCUUCUGCGCUAUCCAGCACUACCGUCUGAGGCGGAAGCAUCCUCAGAUGGCAUGCCCCACCACACAUCUCUCCUGCUGCGGCAGGCUUUGGCCUUCCAAAUGUCGCCUACACCAACGACUGGGGUAUCGGUGGUCUUAGAGAAUAGGAAUUUGCUCAAUAUACCCUUGGAAGUCCAGGAAUCGCCUUCAGCUUCCGACCAAGUUCGCCGUCUAGGGCACACGCCGCGAGAGAAAUCUGCCUCCACUUCUGAUCUCAGCCACGGACGAGGACAUCUUCCCCGUUCACCUCCUCCUCAGUUCGGCUUCCCUGAAGGAAUAGCCAGAGGCUUGCUAGAACGCGGAGAAACCCUCGGCAUUAACAAAUCCUUCAUGAACGCUGUUUCGGAAUUCAGGAGAAACAUACCAGAUUUGGCGGCCUCCCUUGUCCGAUCACCUAAUGCCACUUCCCCUUCAACAUAUCCACUUACCGACGAACGACCACACGAGGACCGACCUCCUUGGGAACCACGAACACGUUUCGAAAUGGAACGUGAGAUUGCUCACUUCAGGGCGAACAACAAGAAGCUUGCAGACUCCGUCAGUUGGAUCGUAGACACACUCCUGCAAGAUGAAUCCGAAUCCACGGACCCUGUCCGGGUAAAGAACAUUCAAAGCAGGAAACGUGACGCAUUGGAAUCGCUUGCUUAUGUCCGGGACGUCCUUAGAACUGGUCCUGAGUCGGUAGAUGACGAGCGGCUCUAUAGCGAGGAAGAAUAUCAUAGGCGUAGCCAAUCCACCUCGUCAGCCUCUCACAAUAGAGGCGAUUCUUUGGGUUCUACCACUCCAGGCGAAGUGCGUUUCAAUCUUCCAAGGCCUGCUGCUCCAGCCCCCGUGUCAAUAGCGGAUUCCCGAUCCCGGUUGACAAGUCCGCAUACCACCACAUUCUCUUCGGGCAGUACAGCAGCCACCCCUUCGCAGAGAAAGCCUGUCCCUCGCAUGUCGUCCAGCUCUACGCUGUCGAGUUCUCGGUCUCCUCCGAAGAAUGACUUAACGACAAAGGCCCCAUGGAAUCAUACUAAAUCUAGUUUCGCUGACACUCCUGCGCUGCCCGCUGCAGUCCUCCCACGUCCACCACCGCCAACAUCUACAUCUCUCCUUCCGCCUCCGUCCUUGGACAAACUCAACAGCGAUCAAACUCCGCGAGCGAGAGGCAGAGCCUCUCACAGCGACCCUCUUGGUGUGCUCAAGUAG